UCUCAAUGUCCGUCUACGUCUCCAACAUGUCCUUCAUUUGAGAACCUUCUACAAUCCCAUGUUCAUGACUCAACUCUAACAGCAACAGUAAAACCUGUAAAGACACGCCCCUGACUCCUCCUACCUGUCCCUGCCCACCCCUCAAAGACAUUUAAGAGGACGCAGCAGACGUGAGCAGCUCAGUGUCUGUGUCGUCAUCAUGGGCAGUUCUCAUUCAUCAGAUUCCCACGACAUCAACCCUGAUGGAAGCACCGUCAGUGGGAACGUUAGCAUCGGCAGCGGAGGCAACAUUUCUGCCCACAGCGCUGCUCCAGUCCUCUGUUGCAGUAGAUCCACCAGCGUCCGUCCUCCCACCGACGUGGACAAGUUCUCGGCGCAGACCCUGAACACCUGUCUGGUGGACUACCUGUCUACCAUGCGCUCCCUGGAGGACGCCAACGCCAAGCUGGAGCUGAAGGUCAGGCAGUGGGUGGAGAGCAGCGGAGGCUCCGCCUCCAGAGACUACACCGCCUGCUUCCAAACCAUCUCCAUCAUCAGGUCCAAGAUCCAGACCGCCAUCCAGUUGUACGGAUCCAUGGGCGACGCCCAGACGGCUGAUGAACACCUCAAGAACAAGAGUGAGAAGGAGCCGGCGGCGCUGCAGUCGCUGGAGGCCGACGCCGCCGAACUGAAGAAGAUCCUGAACCAGCUUGCGCAGACCAGAUCCGACGUGAAGACACAGAUCCGGGGUCUGGAGGAGGAGCUGAAGAUCCUCAAGAAGAACAACCAGAAGAGCCAUGGGUUCACAUUCCAUAGUGUGACUUGUCUUCCAUCUAUCCCACAGGUGGACCUCACCAAGGCCAUGGCCAAGAACACACAACUCCACGACACCAUCUACUCCAAGAACCAGAAGGACCUGGAGGCCUUCCAGGCCAAGACCCAGGAUCUGAAGAACAAGGUGGUGGUCGGCAUCCGGACCCUGCAGAAGUCCAGGUCUGAAGUCACCCAGGUCCAGUCUAGUCUGCAGUCUCUGGAGACCCAACUGCAGUCCACGUUGGACACGGAAGUGUUGGAGGGAACUCUGGCUGAAACCCUGAGCCAGUACGGCGGGCAGCUCAGCAGAUCCCUGACCCAGGUGACCACUCUGGAGGGGCAGCUGGUCCAGCUCAGGUCAGACCUGGAUCUUCAGGACUACGAAUACAAGAAGCUGCUGGACACCAACAUCCAUCUGGAGUCGGAGGUUGCCGAGUACAAAAGGCUUCAGGGCUGAAACAGUGUCUGCAGCUCCACCAAGACCCAGGAGGAGGGGGUCUACGGGUAGGUGGUCUCCUCCACGCCCACCACCGG